AUGGACCACUGCACAGAUGAUUCGACGUAUAAAUACUUUCCAAGAAGUAAAUUACAAUAUCAUCAAGAAUUAGGAACAUGCUGGUUUGGACAAGUUGUUUCGGGAGAAGCACAAAAUAUUGUUGAGAAUGAAAUAGUUACAAAAGUAAUUGUAAAAAUCUUAAAACAAGAUGCUACUCCUACUGAUUAUGUUCAUUUUCUACAAGAAAUUCGUCCUUUCAGAGAUUUAAAUCAUCAAAAUAUAGUCAAGCUUUUGGGAUUUUGUUUAGAAAAAGAUCCUUAUCUCUUUAUUCUGGAACACUCUAUAGUGGAUCUAAAAACUUAUUUAAUUAAUCAUUACAAUGAAGCUGAUUCUUUAUUACAAGAUGGAUAUAUUCUUCAUCUUGCUUGUAAUAUAGCUGAUGCUCUACAACAUAUGCACGAUCAUAACUUUGUUCAUAUGGAUUUGGCAGCAAGAAAUUGUUAUUUUACAUCUGAUUUUGUAAUAAAACUUGGAGAUUAUGGCACUUCUGUACAAAUACAUAAGGAUGAAUAUUACUGCCGUGGAAGCAUUGCUUUACCUCUAAGAUGGUGCGAUCCUGAUUCUCUUACAUGUACUGCGAGUAUCAUAGAAACAAAAGAAAUUAAUAAAACUGCCAAUAUUUGGACAUUUGGUGUUUUUUUAUGGGAAUUGUUUGAAUUUGGAAAAUUGCCAUAUUUUACAUUAACAGAUGAAGAGGUUUUGCAAAAAGUUAUAUUAGAGCAUAACUGUUUAUUAGAAUCACCUAACAGAUCAUUUGUUCAUAAAGAAAGAAUCUAUCAGAUUAUGCAAAUGUGUUGGAGACAAGUAUCAGCAAGACCUACAAUUCAUGAAAUUUGUGUUCUUCUUAACUAUUUAUACGACAAUAAAAAUAAAAUACCAAAUUCGGCUGUGUUUGAAGAUAGAUGGACUGCUCUUCAGCCCCAGAUUACAGAACAUAAUCUUAUCGUUCCGUCAACUAAUCAAGUUAUCUUGAAAUUUGAAAAUGAUUUUGUUCCAAGUUUACAGAAUGAAAUAGAUUGUAAUUCCGACAGAGAUUCUUUAACAUACAAUUCUAUUAUAAGUGAUGGUGAAAAAGAAAUAACUAAAGUUCCUUCGAAACACCAAAAUUUACAAAGUAGUAUUGAUAUAUUUUAUGAAACUGAUGCAACAGAAAAUGUUUCUAAUGACAAUUCUGAUGUUAAUUUUAACAAAUGUUUGUAUAGUGAACAGAAUACAACCGAUCUGCCUGAAUUGAAAGUCGUAAAUGUUCCGUUUGUUUCAGAUUAUUCCGAGAAUUUACAAAAAGGACAACAAUUUGAAAUGACCGAAUGUAAAGUAACACACAAUACAUUUCAGGCAUCCCCAUUCGACGAAGUAAAAGUUGAAAAAUGCAAUCUGGACGAUCGAGAAUUUUGUAACAGCAAAUCUAUACAAAAAGUAAAUCAUAAUCAUAAUUUAGUUAAUAGCGAAUCACCCAAGAAAUCUGAAAACAAGGAUUCUUGUUUCAUUACCAUUGAAAAAAAUGAUAUUUUUACAGUAGAAAUAGAUAAAAAUUUAAGAAAUGACGACACUUACAAUAAAAAUGAAACUCAGUUAUCUACUUUUGAUGAUUUAAAAGUGAAAUUUGAUAAUGUUUCAUUAAAAUCCAAUUUGAAUAAAAUAGAAAAUGAUGUUUGUGAUUAUUUAGAAAAUACUGUGAUAGAAGAUUUUGAUUGUGAUGUACAGGAAGAAACAAAUCAAAAAUCUAAUUGUGAAAACAUGGAUACUGUUGAUAUCUGUGAUAAAAAGCAAGAUAUUAAAGUAAAUUUUGAUAACGAACAAGAUAAUUGCAAAGAUAAAUUACAGCAUGAUGUUACACUUGAAGAGAAAGAUAAUUUAAUUUGCAAAAAAGUUAUCAAUGAGAAAGAAGUUGAUAAUAAUUCAGUUAUAUCAAAUGAUGAGACAGCUAGAAAAUUAGUGGAAGAGUCAUUAAUAUUUAAAAAUGAUGAAACGAGUCCUUCAAACAAAGGAGCAGCUUUAAUAAUUGAAAAUAAAAUAGUGGAAGAUAUUGACGAAGCUACAGACAAUGAAAUUUUGAAUAAUUGUACUUGUAUUAAUGUUUUAAAAGAAUUAUCAAAUAAUUCUGAUUGUAUUUUAUACGAAAAUUCACCAUUUGACAUUAGUGCCGAUAUUAAUGAUUAUAAUUUAAAUGAUUCCGAAAAUUUUAAUACUGAAAAUAUAUUUAAUGAAGAAGAAGAAAAUGAACCUUGUUUAGAUUCUAGAGAAAUAGAUUUUGAUAUAUCAACCAAGCAAAAAAUAUUCAAAAAUGAACUCUGUGAAGACGAAGCUGAUCAGAAACAUGAGGAUGUUAAACAGUUGAAUAAUAGUAGAGAAAAUUCAAGCAAUAAUUCUCCUGAAAUUUGUAAUGCGAAUGAUAUAGAUGAAAGUGUUAUAUUAAAGAAUAAUAUUGAGUUAUGUUCUAAUUUGUUUAUAAAUACUAGCUCGUCUGUAGAUCUUAAGCCAUUCUCGACAGAAACGGCUAAAUUAAAAAUGGAAACAAUACCCGAGAGAGUAGAAAGCUGUAAAGAAGAAAGCUCGUGUGAUAUGUCGUCAUCAUCUGAACAAUUUAUUGGUUCUAUGGACAGUAUUGAACAAGAAAAUUUAGGUAAAUGCGAAAGCUUUAAACAAAAUGUGUUUGAACCCAUUGUGGUCGUAAAACAUUGUAGUGUAAGUUCUGAAGGUGACGAGUAUAAUUUAGAUGAUAUAUCUGAAGCAUUAAAUGAAAUUAAUGAUGUUAAUAAUAUUGAGAUCUUCAAUUCGGCAAUGCAACCCGAAUUUUCAGAUUUAAGAGAUUGUAAUAAGGAUAUAAUAAUAGAGAAUUCAAAUAGGCCGGGACCUUCUCAACCCUUGUCAGAUCACAUGUUUGCUACCUGCACAAAUUACUGGAAUGAUAAAGUGCAAUUAAUAAAUAAUUCAGAUAUGAAAUUACAUGAAGAAAAUUGUAAAUCACAUUGUCAUAAAGACGUCGUUACUCUCGAAGAUUUAGAUACAGUCGAUAAAAAGAAUGUUAUUUCGUGUUAUGAUACUUUCCAGGAUCCAUUUGAAACUGAUGAAGUUUUGAGAGUUGAUACCGAAACAAACGUUGCAGUUUUACUUGAUUCAUCUCAAUCUGUUAUCGGAUUUGUCCCAUCUAAAAUUGCAGAUAUGUCAAGUAAACAGUGUAUGAUCGAUAUUCAAGAUAAUGAAAUUUCAUCACCUUCCGAAACACCGAAUUUGCCUAAACUUGCAAAUAGUUUUUGCUAUAACGGUUACAAGACUUCGGAUAUUUCAACCUCCAGUAGUUGUUCUGCUAGUUCGGAUCUUUCAGUUGAUUUAGAUAGGCAGUCUGAAACCUCUAGCGAAAGUGACAUGGUGCCGGAGGCAAAUUCUAUGAACAACUCUCAUUCCUAUGCAGAAAGUAUAGACGAUGUACAUUUUUCUCAAAUAAGUUCUGAAAAUACCUCAGAUUUGCUAACAGUUAAUGAUGUUAACUUAUCAUUCGAAGCAUUAGAAAAUUUACUAACAAAAGCAAAUAAUGCAAAAGAAGAAUAUAAUAAUAAUAAUAACAAUUUAGAAGAUAGUACAGCAGAUUUUCAAACCAGUGUUAAACAGACUAAUUUAGAAAUAAAAGAUGCCCAAGAACUUAAUAAUGCAGAAAACGAAAAAAUAAGUCCUAGCAGGGAUAUAUAUACUCCAGAUUUUGAUAGUGAUACCGAUGAUACUAGUAGUACAGGUACUUCUUGUACAUCCACUUCGGGAUCAUUCGAGUGUCUUUACAAAUCUGAAAGAAUGGCUGCUAAAACAUCCCCUGAAAUAGUAAAUGAUGAUAGAGAAGAUGGUAGUGAAACGCCUAUUCAAAUAUUUUCAGGUACUUGGGAUCGUAAAGCUACGCCUACAAAAAGUUCAAUGAAAUCACCAGAGAGAAAGAAUGGACAGAUGAAGAAAAGUGUAUCUUUUCAAGAGGAAGAUCCUCCUCUGUUCAGUUAUCCACCAGAAUCGGAAGGAAGUGAUGACGAUAGUAGAGGAUACGAUUAUCCUGAUGAUUUUUUCUGGAACGUUGACUACACUAUGUAUGCAGACUGGGAUUUUCAAACAUCAUUAGAUGCCGAAGAAAUUCCUGAGGAUAUUAUAGAAGUUGAAGAUCCAGAACAGGAUGACGAAUAUCUUUCGUUUCGUUACAAAGCUCUUCCAUUAUGUCCGUUUCAAGUAUAUUCAUUCACUGAUAUAACUGAUGACGAAUGUAGUGAAUCAGCAAGUCUAAAAACUAUUCCUAGUAAUGAAUUUGGAACAACAAAAAAUAAUUUGAUUAAAAAUAAUCUCGAAAUGAAAGUGAUCGAAGAUCCUUGCUCAUCUCCUAUAGGCAGCGUUCCUGAUGAAGUGUGCGAAGAAGUAAUAGAGACAUUUCCGCACUUUACCGACUUAUCUGAUAUAAUUUCAACAGCUUCGGAUGAUGAUAAAAACAUGAAUGCAUGUUCUUUUGAAAUUUUAGAAGUUGAAGACAAUGCAUUAGAAACAACAAACUCGAAAUUCACUGAAGAAUCGGGAUUAGAGUACGAUAAGCCCAGUUUGUGUUUAGUUAUAGAAGACGGUACAAAUAAGAAUAAAAAUAAUUCAAGUUCAAAAUAUGCAGUAUCUUCGGUAGAUGAUUUAUCCGAAAAUCAAGUUCAGCAAAACACAAUUGCAACAGAUAUAACUUAUAAUAUGGAUGCAAAUAAUGUAAUUAAUGACACAAAUGAAUUUGAAAAAAUGGAGGCAAAUCCUUUUACAGAAGCCGAUGGUUUAUCAGCAAUAAAUGAAGCCGUCAAUGUAUCAUGUAAUUAUAAUAAUGUUACAAAAAGUAUCGAAGGUGAUUUCGAAGCCAACAAAUUAGAAUUUGCCAUUAAUCCCGCAAAUAAUUAUUUAAAGAAAAAUAAUGUAACAAAUACUUAUGAAAAAGAGAAUGAAGAUGUGCCAUUUUCGAAUGUGUAUCUAAUGAACGAAGCUGCAAAUGAUCAUAAUUUGAUUUUUGAACAUAACAAUAAUGGAGAAAUUGAGGAUGAUAGCAUAAAAAUAGAAUUUGUUAAAAAUAGUCAGAUUAAUGGUGAUAAGAUUGAAAAUAACAAUCUGUUAUUAGAUGCUGCAAAUGGCAAUCAAAACGAAUCUGAUAAUUUAACCAAAGAAACAAAUGUCGAAGCAUUUUCAACAUUGUAUGAGGAUAAAUACAAAUGUACAGAUUUUAUACCAGCGACAGAAUAUAAAUUUGAUUUAUUAUCAAAUAAUAAUGCAGAUAUUUUUUCAACUCAGUAUUUGGAAUCUAAUAAAGUGUGCUGCAAUUCUGAAAAUAAAAUUCUGUUACAAUCAUCCGAUAAUGAUGGUAAUAAUUUUACUCAUUCGGAGAAUGCUGAAAAUUUGGAUUUUAUGCAAUUCGAUCACAAUUGUAUCCAUAAACAUAAUUCAGUUGGUUGUUAUGAUUGUUAUAAAACUGAAGAAGCCCAGUUGGAUGCAGAAUUUAAAGAUUUUGCAUUUUCUGUUUUUGGUGAAAAUGAAUUUCAGACUUCGCAGCAAAAUAUUACCGAAGCCUCAUCGUCGUCAAAGUCUACCGAGGAUACUUCCGAACAGGACUCUGCAAUUUCGUCUAGUGGUGAAUUCAGCCCCACAUACUCUCCAAGUUUAGUUCAAGACAAUUUUAAAAGCAAAGAUGCUUCUUGGGAUUUUCACCAGACGUUUCUACAGUUUUCACAUGCGGAUAACAUGGCAAACGACAAUAUAAAUGCGGAAAAUAUCGACAAUGUUUUUGAAGAAAAAGUCAUUACCGAAUCCACGGCAGCUAAGUGUACGAUACCAAUACCGACAAUCGUCAUCAGUGAUUCGGACAAUGUGGAUAAUUUGCAAGAUUGUAAUGACAAAUUCGAACGGAAUGGCAACGUUGUGUUGGAUAGAAAUAGCACGUCAGGAGAAUUCCACAGUGAAAAUAACAAUGCAGCUAUAUGGAAAAACGUUUAAAGUACUUUGCUUUCAAUAAAUGACAAUUUAUCAGUUGAAUAGGAAGUGAAUUGUCACUUUAGCCAAUUGCCAUAUUUUUUGAAAACUCCUAGUCAAGUUAUUGUUGAACCAGGUAGUUAUAGAUAAACAUUUCAACCUCAUUGAGCAAAGUUAUAGCAUUUUCUUGGAAGUUAUACUAUAACUUGUGAUAAAUAUUCAAUGAUUAUAAAAUACUUUGUAAAUUAGUGUGAAAAAAAAGUAAAACUUAAUAAUUGUUCUUCAUAAAGAAAAAAAAUUAUAUUGAAUAUUUAAAUUAAGAAAAUUUGAAGUGAUUUUAUCAUUUUUGUAGAAUAAUUAACAUAAAAACCCUAUGUCGGAAUUUUAUCAAAAUCUACACUUGAAAACAACAAAAACAGUUUGAUGUUUGUCUCCAAAACUUGUUAAUAUUUGUGUGCCAUUUUUAAUCAGAUUAAUAUUAUUGUUCUUUUCAAACUAAAUUAUUUGAAAAUUGUAUUAUUUGAUAGACUGAACUGGAAUUCAAAAGAAUGUAAAGAAACUCCCUUUUUUCAAAUGCUAACAUUAAAUCUAAUUGUUAAAGUUUGGUUUCGGCCUUUCGAGUUUCGUUUAAAAACUUGAAUAAUAGUCCAAAUUAUAGUGUAAAGUGCAAUGAAAAUAUGCUGCUUGGAAUUUAAAAUAUUCUGAUAAAAGUCCGUCCAGUUUAAUUCUGGGAAAAUGAAGUCAAAUGUUAGCAGCUAUGUAACACAUAUAUAUGCAUCGCCGAACUGUAUAUAUAUGUAAGUAUUCAAUAAUUUCUUUUGUUUCUUUGAAUGAUUUUAAAUUUCCCGACAGAUAUCGAUGACAGAUGCUUGACGGACAGUUGAAUUUAUUUUUAAUUGUAUAAAAGUUUUAUUUGAACAGCUAUGUAUUUAAGUUUGAUUAAUAUGUAACAAUAUAUACUUAAGAAUUAUAUUUGUGUAUAUAACAUACAUGUUUAAAUUAUUUUGCCAAAAAGUAUUUUGUUCCUUUAUGAAAUUAUAGUUCUAUUUUUUUACAUAAUUAUAUUUGUUUUUUAAUUAUAUUAGAGACAAUCUAAAGUUUAGGGGAAAAAAUGCUUCAAAUCUCAAAAUUAUUCAAUAAUAAAUCAUAACAGAUCAUUUUAAGAUUGGGAAAAUUUAAUGUAACACUUUUAGAUCUUAACUUAAAUCCUUCAAUAUUUGUGAUGCUCAUAAUUAUAGAAUUUAAUUUACUGAAUAUAUACAGAAAAAUAUUGCACAAAUAUGUGUUCCUGUAGAAUGAAUAUAAGUAAAUAAAGUGCAAAUUUCUGUUGUCUUUAUUCAGUUAUAAUAAAUGUGUUGGA